AGACACUGUGGCUCAAGUGCCAGCAAGUAGAUCGGAACGCAGGCGCCCUUUUCGAGCUUGCGGGAGUUGGGCAAGGCGCCAUGCUCGGCACGAAGUCGGAGGACUGGCCCAGCAUGCAUCAGUCCCAGGAGAUGCAGGCUCUGCGGGACUAUGUGACAGCGGCGGAUGGGUAUCGCUAUGCCAACCAGGCCAGCACCACCUUGCGGCUGGACGUCACGCACUCCAACCUCAUCCAGAAGUACCACGACAUCGUCUUCGACAGCACCAUGACGGUGGGACGGGUGAAGGAGAAGCUGUACUUCCAUGGCGGCACCCCUGCAGCAGACCAGGAGCUGUACCUCCGUCGGGGCGGAGGUGACACGCUCUUCCUGUGGGAUGACAGAAAAACUCUGGGAGAGUGCGGGGUGAAGAAUGGCAUGGAGAUCCACAUCAAGGACACCAACCCCCACUCGAUCUCGGCCCACGGGGGGCUGGAGGAUGUGAGCCAGGUGGUGAAGUACGAGAUGGCCGAUGAGGAGUACGACAGGCUGGAAAACAGCGUGCGGGCGAUCAAGCGGCGAGAGGAAGAGAAGGCCGAGGCAGAGCGCGCUGCCCGGAGAGCUGCUGGUGAGGUCAUCGAAGAAGAGCCCGGGGAGACGGUGGAGGAGGUCAGUGCUAGAAUACCCUUGGACAGUCGGUGCGAGGUGGCGCCGGGGGGCCGCCGCGGAGCCGUGGCUUUCGUGGGCCUGGUGAAGGGCGCCAAGGGCGUUUGGAUCGGCGUGGCCCUAGAUGAGCCACAAGGCAACAACGACGGCGCCAAGGCGGGGGAGCGGUACUUCAGUUGCAAGGGCGACCGGUACGGCUGCUUUGCGCGCCCCGAGAACGUGGAAGUGGGAGACUUCCCCGAGCUCGAUCCCUUCGCAUCAGACGAGGAGUUCUGAAGGACCAAUUGGGAUUCCCAGCUGGGCCAGCAGUCUUGUCACGAAAGCUAGCUUUAGCUAGCUGAAGUUUCUCCUUGCGUAAGCAAGGUAAGGGGCUCAAAUGCCGAAAGAUUGAUUUUUUCAAUUAUUUGAGCCGAAAAGAUUGAAAAAUAUCAAUUAUUUAGACCCCCCCCCCCUCCCC